CGUGGAUCGCGCCGUUACCCAAGGUCGCGUAACGAGCGAUGACCGCGACGCCCACCGAAGCGCCGGUCCCCCAGCCACCCAAGGUUUCGCGCUUCCAGCAGGAUGCGCCCGAGAGGAGCGAAGGCGAUAGUGAUGAUGAUGACGUCGAUGGCAACCAGCGCGCGGGGAUAUCGCCGCUACAGGCGCUCACGGAGCAUGGGUAUCGCGUGCAGAUCAAGACGAGCAUGGACCCCAAGGUCAUCGUGGUGCCGAGCGCCAGGCCAUUGACACAAACCUGCAAGGUUGACGAGGACAUGGAAGAUGGCAUCUACCGAGCGCGCACCAUGGACACGCAUCUCCCGCCCCAUGUCGUGGUCCGCGCGCUGGAGCGCGUCGAGCGCGAGGGCGUCACGUGGAGCGCGAUGGCCGACCCGUUCGCGGCCAGCGCGGUGCGCCCGUCCCUCACGUACGCUCCUUCGACACCCCUUCGCACACAAUGGAGCGACCCCGCAAAGACGCUGCCGGUCUACUCGGAGCUUCUCGUGCGCAUUCCCAAGCUCCAUCUCUCGGACCACCGCCUCAUGACGCUUGAGGACAGCGUCAGCCUUCAGAUGCGCUUCCUCUUCCACGAUUACACAGCCAAGUACGCUGCGAUUGCGAGCUUGGAGCACCGACUCGCGCGGCUUUUGUCGCUUGCGCCAACGGCCUCGACCCAUGACGUGCACGCGGAAGUCGAUGCCUUUGUCGCCAUUGUAACCUGCAUACGGGACGCCUUCCAAGAAGUGUAUCUCAAGUGGAGCGAGCUCAAGGAGCUGCGACAGAAGCAGCAGGCGACGCUGACACCCGUGCUUUUGCUGCUUCGGCCUGUCGACAGCAGUGCGACACUGAAGGUGAUCCAGGACUUUGCGACGCAACUUGAAAGCCGCGAAAGCAUGCACGAGGACCCGCAGCUGGCAACAGCAGUAGGUGCGCUACAAGAGGUGCUAGACGCGCCAAUGUGCUUGGACUACGUGGUACGGCUCUCGAGCGACCUCUCGAUUCUGGGCCAGCCGUCCGAAGCCGAGGCGCUGCGACGCCAGCACAUUCGGCGCGUCCGCAUCCAUUGCGAGCUGCUCGUCAACGGCAACACCGUCAUGGAGACCAAGGCACACGCCCUCUCGUGGCCGAGCUUGAGUGUCGAUUUGAACGAGUUCGUCGCACUCCGCGUCACAGCCAAGCCAACGUCCAUGAGCCUCAGGGUCUACGAGCGCGUGCCCGCCACGGGUGGUAUCUUUUACACCACCACGUGCUGGACGAGCCGGCCGAUCCCGCUCGUCAUGCCCGGACAUGCGUUUGCGACCGAGAUUUGUGCGGCGGGCGCUGCGCCCACGGACGAGUGGUACCAAUUCUGUCACGACGCCAGCAUUCCGCGCGAGGCGUGGAGCCAAAGCUUCCUCUCGUCGGCGUACUAUGCCAACGCCCAGCGGCACACCAAAGGCGCAGUUCACGUGCACUUGAGCUGGAAGACGACGUCGGAUGUGCACAAGAUUCCCGUCAAGCACGCACGGACGAUUCGCCCCGCGUCCGACGCUGAGCGCUGGAUUGGCCAUCGCCCGGAACCGGUCGACGAUGCCACCCAUUUUAGCCAUGAAGCCGCCUUUCAGCACGCUCUCGGGACGCUACCAACCCUCGACCCAAACGCGCCGUCGGACCAAGCAGCGGUGCAGCUCAAGGCAUACCACGCGAGUCGGUCGACGACAGAGCCGCUCGACCUCUUUCGCACUGCGUUGCCAUCGUCAUUUGUGCUGUCGUCGUACACAGGGAAGAGUCAGCUCAAGCGCCAUACGCUUCUGUCGCUACGGGACGACGACCCGCACCGACACGCCAUCUUUGCGACGCCGAUCCCGCUCUCAGAGCACGUGAUCGCUCAACAACCCGCGUACUUGGAUCUCGUUCGCCCCGAGGUCGUUGCGUUCGAGCGGUCGUUGGCCAACGAAGCCAUGCUUGCUGAAACCAAAGAUGGACUCGAGUAUACCAAGCGGCGCCUCGAGCUUCGCCGCCACGAUUUCAUGGAGCGCGUCCGAAGCAACCAUGCGACGCGGGCCCGGGACGACAAGGUCUCUGCGUACGCCCACUUGAGCACGAUCGUGCAAGAGUACCCCCAACCGCUGCUCUUCAAAGGCUGGACACCCGACUUUUCCGGCUGGAGUACGCUCUUUGCCCGCAAGCGCCGACUGCGUCCGACAAGACGGGUCGAAGGUCCCCGCUCCGACUUGGCGGUCGACCGCCCUGACGAGUGCCAAGUGUACAUACAAGUCCAGCGCCUCACCAAUGCCUUUGCACGCCGGGGUCAACCGGUCGAGGCACCACCAAAGCCUGCACGACGGAGGGCGGAUGAUCGCCACUCGGACGGCGACAACAGCGCUGAAGACGACGACGACGACCAGCCUGCAGCGUCAGACGGAAGCGCCAAUCACGUGCUUGUCGAAGUGAGCUUUCAAGGCCACACGCGAGCCACGUCGCCAUCGUCAGGCCUGCAUCCAAUGUGGAUGGAGACGGUCGUGUUGCCCUUCUCGCCGCCGCUGCACGACUGGUCUCCACCAGCGCUCACACGCAUUCGCGACACGAUUACGCUGACCAUCUUUGACCAGGUGCUUGUUGAGGACCCCGUGACCCAGCACAAGGACUUGCAGCGGCGGUUCCUUGGGAGCGUGCGCGUCCCGUUCUCGACCUUGUACCACAACGCCGGCGAGAUCAUCGCACCACUGCGUUGCGUUGUGCCGUACGCGCAUCUCGGCUACAUGCGCCGCGUUGGCAAAGCGUCGCGAUCCAGAGCCGCCGUCGACGAGAGCAACGGGAUGUCGUCGUCAGAUGCCGCGACCUUUCUCAGCGUCAUGAUCAAGACCGACCCAAUACUGGCGGCCCCGACGCCGUCAUCGACGCCAAUCACAAUGCAGAGCGAGCCGCCAGCGUUCAUCCGGUACGCUGAAAAGUACGUGGCGUCCGUUCCUGGCUUGACGCUGCAGCACCUGUUUGUGCCGGCGGUCUCGGGCGAGCCGACGUUCGUCACACGGUAUUUGCGGGCGCAAGCACCACCGGCGGACCUGCAGGGCCAGCCGCUACGCGCCCUCGCGCGCUUUGUGUCGCUGGUGCCCUUUCUUGAGGAUUGGCACACGUACAGCGGUGCCAUUGAUGUUUGGGCAGCGACACAAGACUUCUUGGACACGCAGGUCGGCGACUGGGAAGAGCACGCAGUGUUGCUCGCCAACUACUUCAACUGGGCGGACGACGGCCAGCGACGAGGCAGCACGGUCAAGUCCUAUUUGGUCGUGGGGACCGCGUUGCCCGAAGGCAGCGGCGUGUACGUUGUGCGCUGCACCGCGCAACACUGUACCUUUUGGAAUGCGUGCUCGGGCGUCGCGUACGACGUGCGCGACCUCAAGUGCCCACUGCGGUCCGUGCUGCUUGUCGCGUCAAGUGAUAAUGUCUGGGCCAAUCUGCACCCGACUGGCACACCCUGUCAACUCGCAUGGGAUGCCAUCGAGUCGGACGCACGCGCGUGGAAGCCCUUCUUCACGGCCAUGACCACCAAGGAGUCGCUCGAGGCCAUCUUGCCGUCCGUGCAAGCCGCCACCCCCCAGUAUCUGGCCACGCCACCGUCCUUUGUGCACGACGUCCAAGUCGAGCUGCUCGAAAGCAUCAAGGUUGCGAUUCGCAAGCUCCGGAGCAGCCACUCGACGACGAUCUUCAACAGCGACGUGUCGCAUCAUCUGCACGAGCUACUGACGACGUUGGAGGCCAAGUACAUUGCCAACGACGUUGGCGACGACCACGUGCCAUCCUUGCUCGCCAAGUACCCGCGCUACGACUUUCAUGGUGGGCCGUUCAGCUUUCCGUUCACGGACGUCCAGGGAAUUGUCGACGAGAUGACGCAGACGCACAUUCAUGCGACGACCACGAGCGGCGUCGAGUUUGGCCUUGCGGUGCAUGUUCAUGUCUACCCCAACUUCGUAUUGGCCGUGUGGGUCUACCUCGCGGCCUUGACGCCAACGUACCGCUGAAGGACAGAGAGAUUGAGUUCAAUAACUAGAUUUAAAAAAGGUUAAUUCUUCCUACUGCGCAAUACGCCAUAGAGUAC